GAAUUGGAAAAACAUCUUAUUGGGAAUGGUUGAUUAAAUUUUUUUUUUGAGAGAAUUCAAUUUAAUCUCAGUAUUUCUAUUGAAAGAAACAUUUUUGAACGAAACAUGGAUUUUAAUUCGAAUUGUUGAAAAAAUCAAUGAAAAUUCAUCUUAAAACGGAGACUUUGACUCACUCAAGAAUUUAUUAAAAUAAUUUCCAGUCUAAAAUCAAAUCGAAUUACAUUCUCAUUUCAUUCAUUCAUUAAAUGGUCAUUAAAAUACGAUUUCCAACAACCAAAAACUGUUUGCUUUGAUACGAGAACUUUGUUGUUUUUAUUGUAAUGUGUCAGAUUUGAAUGUCAGUUGGUCGUUCGCAUCGGGCAGUCCAGCACGUGAAAUGUGUCUGCCAAACAGAAAAAGACAUUUCACUUAAUUGAAGUAAAAUUGUUGACGUGUUAACACAUAGACAUAGCGAUUUGUGUUUUUGUUUCAGCCAAAAGAGUGUCAUUUGUUUUUGUGUUUCCACAAAAUCUGUUCCCUUUUUUUCGUUGUGCAAAUUAUUUAGGCAAAAAAAUGUUAGAUUUAUUCACGAUUUUUACCAAAGGAGGCAUCGUUUUAUGGUGUUUCCGUGGAACACAGGAAAUUUUCACAGCGCCAGUCAAUGCAUUGAUUCGCAGUGUAAUUUUGCAGGAACGUACGGGAUCAAAUUCGUAUGAUCACAAUAAUUUAACGCUGCAAUACAAAUUGGACAAUGAAUUUGAGCUGAUUUUCGUGGUUGCGUUUCAAAAAAUACUACAACUGUCCUACGUUGACAAGUUCCUGAGCGACAUUCACUUGGAAUUUAGAGACAAAUACAAAAAUGAAUUGGUUUCACGCGAGAAUCGAAGCUAUCAACAAUACGAUUUUUUGAGCGAAUUCAACCAUAUUUUAGAAGAAGCUGAAAAAUGGGGUCGUUUGCAAGCAAAAUUACCCAAACAAAUGCGUUCUUUUAAUGAUUCACAAAAAUCAAAGAAAACUGUUGCGUCAAUGAUUGAACGCAAGGAUGGUAAACCAAUGGCACCACCGAAAAAAAUCGUCAAAAUAGUCGAAGCUAAAGUGGAAGCAGUUGAAGAGUCCGAUUCCAAUGGUGGUUUAACUGAGGAUGUUUUGGUGGCAAAUCGUCGUAAAUUAGCUGAAAAAUUGUCGGGAAAGAAGAAGGUGGACUCGAAGAAAUCGCCAAAAACUCCGACGGAAAAAGUGAAAGCGGGUAAACAAGCGCGUGUUUGGGAUUUGGGUGGUUCAUCGAAGGAUGCACCAGUUUUAGAUCGUUCGAAAGAUAAUCCCGAUGAUAUUCGAAGCGUCUAUACAUCGGACAACCAAAUGAUUGGAUCGAUGAAGGGUGGCAUUCAAGAUCUGGCGGUUGAAAGCGAGUCAAGCUCCGAUGAAGAAUCUGAAGAAGAUGUGGGCAACAACAAUCAAAACACCACCAAAUCGAAUUCUACGGGUAAAAAGAGCGUAUUUUCAAUGUUUUCGAAGUUUGUCGGUGCCAAGAAUUUGACACGUGAAGACAUGCAAACAGCAUUGGAUAAAUUACGUGACCAUUUGAUUACUAAAAACGUUGCAAACUAUAUUGCCAACGAGCUGUGCGAUUCAGUUGCCGUAAAAUUGGAGGGAAAAGUGUUGGGAACAUUUGAUACCAUAGCAUCAACGGUCAAAAAUGCAUUGACCGAGGCUCUGGUGCAAAUUCUAUCGCCAAAACGUCGAAUUGACAUUCUGCGUGAUUGCCUAGAGGCAAAGAAGAAUCAACGUCCAUACGUCAUGGCUUUUUGCGGUGUGAACGGCGUUGGAAAAUCGACAAAUUUGGCCAAAAUCUGCUUUUGGCUCAUUGAGAACAAUUUUAACGUGUUGAUUGCAGCUUGUGAUACGUUCAGAGCUGGAGCCGUUGAACAAUUGCGCACACAUAUGCGUCACUUGAACGCAUUGCACCCACCGGAGAAACAUGGUGGCCGUCAAAUGGUUCAACUGUAUGAAAAAGGUUAUGGAAAAGAUGCUGCUGGCAUUGCAAUGGAAGCCAUACGAUUCGCUUCGGAUUCUCGCAUCGAUGUCGUUCUAGUCGAUACUGCUGGCAGAAUGCAAGAUAACGAGCCUCUCAUGCGUGCUUUGACCAAAUUGAUUGCGGUUAACGAACCGGAUUUGGUCUUGUUUGUCGGAGAAGCUCUGGUUGGAAACGAAGCGGUCGAUCAAUUGACGAAAUUCAAUCAAGCACUCGCCGAUCACUCAUCGGCCACUAAUCCACAUCUAAUCGACGGAAUCGUUUUAACAAAGUUCGAUACCAUCGAUGAUAAGGUUGGUGCGGCAAUUUCUAUGACGUAUAUCACUGGGCAGCCAAUCGUUUUCGUUGGAACGGGUCAAACUUAUACUGAUUUGAAAGCAUUGAAUGCAAAGGCUGUCGUUCACGCUUUGAUGAAGUAAAACCAAUUCAGUCACAAUCAUCCACAUUCUCUCCACCUUCUCUUCUACACAACAACAAUCCAGAUUUAAUAUACAGCCAUGCACAUUACCGUUAUACCGAUUUAUUCUGACUUCUUUAUUCGUUACAUUUUUUAUUUAACCGAUUUUUUUGUUAUUCAAAUAAAAGAACGCCAAUUUUUUGAGGUUAUGGAA